AUCGAUCGCUCCGCCUGGUUUCGUUUCCCAUUUCCUUCUUGAGACGAUGGAACCCGCAAAACCCUCAAACCCUCUCUUAUCUCUCUCCACAUUCAUCCACCAGCACUGCCUCCGGCUGGGGGCCGAGCUUGCCACUCGGUUCGGCGACACUACUCGAGCCCUAACCGCCAAUCUCCCGCCGGGACCGACAGCCCGGCGGCUCCGUACGGCGCCGUUUUUCGCCUCUGUCUCGCAGCAGAAGCACGCCGCAGCUGCUGGCACUCUGAGCUCAGAGCACGUGGCAAAAACCCUUGCUGGCACGGCAGUGUACACAGUUAGCAAUACCAACAAUGAGUUCGUGCUUAUCUCCGAUCCUGAUGGAGCCAAGUCAAUUAGCUUGCUCUGCUUUCGCCAGGAAGACGCUGAAACCUUUCUCGCUCAGGUUCGGUUGCGGAGAAGAGAAUUGCGAAGUGAGGCUAAGGUUGUGCCUAUCACCCUUGAUCAGGUGUACAUGUUGAAGGUUGAGGGAAUUGCAUUUCGGUUUUUGCCUGAUCCAGUUCAAAUAAAGAAUGCAUUAGAGCUAAAAGCUGCUGACAUCAAGAGCGGUUUUGAUGGAGUUCCUGUUUUUCAGUCAGACCUUCUGGUUGUGAAGAAGAAAAACAAGCGUUACUGCCCAAUAUAUUUCCAAAAGGAAGAUAUAGAAAAAGAACUGUCAAAGGUUUCUAGGGCAUCAAGAGGGCUGGGUCUUGCUCAACAUAUUAUGGUGGGAAGUUUAGAGGAUGUUCUGAGAAAAAUGGAGAUUAGUGAGAAGAAUUCAGGCUGGGAAGAUCUGAUUUUCAUUCCACCUGGUAAAAGCUGCUCUCAACAUAUUCAGGAGGUAGUUAAGUUAUGAUCAUUGGAUUUGUGACUCCAUCAGGCCAUAUGAAAAGGAUUAAACAGCAGCAAAUGUAACACAUGUUCCCAGACUCGUAAUGACGCAGAUGUAGUCUGGAGUAGCCUUGAGAUAUAAAGAAGAGAUAUCAUGUUGAAAGGAAUGAAAUAAGAAAAUGGACUAACAUUCAAUUCAGUAAAAAAGGUCAGUGAACUAACACUGAAUGCUUGACUUAUGCAAACUUGCUGCACUGUCUAUACAGUAUCAGACAUUGAUGAUCUGAAACUAUUAAGAGAUGUCAUGCUUUAAUCAGUUAAUUAAAUGACAAAUUUUCCAAA